UGAGCGGUGCAAUCUCGCGCGGUGGCAGUAUUAUUCCAAACCGCAAACCGCUCACAUAUUUUCCGUACUUCUACUCGUUCUUCUGCCUCAACGUGUGGCGGCGGUCUUACACGAAUGUCUGAUUAAUAGUUUUUAUCGCGAAACGGGCUGAUUGAUAAGAUUGUGACGAGUGUCCAUGGUAGGGCGGUUCAAAAUUCGAAAAAGUGUCAUAGCCUACUGGCGCAAGCAAGGUAGAACCAGCAAAACGAGCGGUGGCCUACUGGGAUCCAGUGAUGAUGUUCGAAAAUAAUUAGUCGAUCGCGAGAGGCGGAUUUGAACCUGAACCCGGUCAGGCUAUCGAUCAAGUAACAGUUUCGUUGCGCGCUUAGCUCUAGAACCAGCCGUUCGUUAGUGACCAUGGUGAAAGAUCGUUUGGGCGAGUUGAAAAGUAAAAGUAAAUACACCAGCGAUGUCAGCCUGGAUUUGGUGCCAUCGAAGUCGCAGGAGGAAAUUUUCUGCAAUCUGGAGAAGUUUUCAGAACUGACAAAAUGGAUCCGCACGAUACGGGCCAACAUAGAGGAAAUGCGUAGCACCAUCUCUACGCCGUCUUUCCACUACAACGACAAAGUGAUCCGCGAGAAGGUCGAGCGGAAAAUGGACCAAAGUCUGGGCCUGUGCAGACAAAUCUACACCGCCAUCAAGCGGCUGCAGGAGGAGCUGGAAGAGGAAGAGCGCCGGGGGAGUGUCCUCUUCCGGAUCAAGCACACCCAAUUCCUGGUGAUCAAGGACGACUAUCUCAAUGCGUACCGAGAGCACGAGGAGUUUGUCAACUACUACGAAAGCAAGGUGGUCAAUCUGAUGAAGAAGGAAGCGAAAGCAAUGAGCUACAACAUCACAGACGAUGAAGCGGCAGAGAUGCUGGCCAGCAAUCAGAUGUCACCGUUUGUGGGGAAUAUUCUGGAGGAAACGGAACGGGAGCGGCAAAUACUACGGGACAUCAUGGCGCGGCACUCGCAGUUGAUCGAGCUGGAGAAAUCGCUCGUCGAGAUCCGGGACCUUUUCCUGCGGAUAUCAACGCUGGUCAUGGAGCAAGGCAGUCUGGUGCAGGUGAUCGAGUACCACGCGCAGCAGGCUUCGCUCAACACCGAUCACGGAGCGCACCAGCUCGAGAAGGCCCGGGAGUACAAACUGAAAGCACUGAAGAAGAAGACUUGGCUCCUGAUGUGGGCCGUCAUCAUUCUGGGCGUUCUUGUACUGUUGAUGAUAAUAUUUUAGGCUAGGAUUAGGGUCUACUAAAAGUGUUCAUUGGAAUGAUUCGCCUA